AAAUUAAACUAAUAGAAAUUCAUUAUUAGGGCAGUGAAUGAAAAAAAUUAAAAGUUGCCAAACAUAUGGAAGAAGAAAAUAGCAAAAUAAAAAUCGAAACCAAACCCAACACCAAUUCCCUCCACAUUCUGGAAAAAGGAGACAUAUUCUUCUUUUACAGACCAAAAGUGGCGAAAGAAGCAGCACAUGGAGAAUCAGACGUACAGCAAUUCUACCUCUUUCUGCGUCCCCAAAAUUCCGGCGGCGGCGAUGGCAGCUCCGACGGCGGCGCGCAACCGCAGGCGGCGGCGGUUCGGUAUAUAAUAAUGGGUCGGAAAAGGCUGCCGGAGGAGAGUGAGAGGAGGCCAUUUUGGGGAUUCGUACAAAUGGUCACAAAACAAAUACAACACUUGAAGGAUGCACUCAAAGGAGAAAUAUACGAGACAACGACGAAAGGACAACGGCAUUUACCCGAUGCAAGAGCGGCCGGGGAAGGCGUGUAUUCGAUCCUUAGUCACAACCGGGGAAGCAACCAAACACACACUCAUUUAGUGUACAAGUUAGAGUUUCCGGUCGAGGGCAAUGUAGAGGGCUCGGGGCCGCAAGAAGCCUUAAACAUAGCACGCGAGGCGUCGUUUAUAAUCCAAAUAAAGAAUCCCGACCAUCACGUGCAAAGUGGAUUUAGAGGACUAGACAAAAAAAGAAAGGCCGUAUAUCCGGCGCGGCUUCAAGGGAUUUUUGGGCAUCGGCGAUAUCACCCGGCCGAUCCUCCGGAUUUCCUCGACUAUGAAGGUUGCGAGUUUCUUUUGAUAUCGGCGUCCGAUGAUUUAGAACAAGAGCUUGGUUUGGAGAUUGGGUCGGAGGGCGCCGGAGAGUGCUCCGAUCUUGUGAAUAUGCUCGGGGAAUCUACGGUAGCGACGCAACCGUUGUUUGAGGGUACUUGGAUAUGAUUUUGGAACCGAUGUAUAGCUUGAUCUAACGGUUAAGUAUAUCUGGUACUUGAACUUAAGUGGCAUGGUAAACUAUGUGAAUGUUAGGACUUUUGUUUUGUUAA